ACAACCUACUACAACAACCACUGCAGCUCCUCCUGCACAACUACAACUACAACUGUAGCUCCUACGACCACCACAACUGCAGCACCUAACCACAACUGCAGCACCUACUACGACAACUGCACAACCAACCACAACACAACAACCACUGCAUCUCCUACAACAACUACAACUGUAGCUCCUACGACCACCACAACUGCAGCACCUACUACGACAACUACAACACCUACUACGACAACCACAACACCUACUACGACAACCACAACACCUACUACGACAACCACAACACCUACUACGACAACCACAACUGUACCUCCUACAACAACCAACUCACCUACUUCAACAACUACAACUGCAGCACCUACUACGACAACUACAACCGAAACUGCUACAACAACCACGACUUCAGCACCUACUACGACAACUACAACUCCUACUACGACAACCACAACACCUACGACAACAACCACUGCAUCUCCUACAACAACUACAACUGUAGCUCCUAAGACAACCACAACUGCAGUUCCAACUACAACAACUCACCUACUAAACAACUGCAGCUCCUACGACCCCACAACUGCAGCACCUACUUCAACAACAAACUGCAGCACCUACUACGACAACUACAACCAAACUGCUACAACAACCACAACAGCACCUACUACGACAACUACAACACCUACUACACAACCACAACACCUACGACAACAACCACUGCACUCCUACAACAACUACAACUGA